AUGCGACGUCAAGGACCAGCUGCAAGAGUGCCUGUUGAUCCUGAGAUAGAGAAGACUUGUCGGCAAAACAGAAGAAACAAAAGGUUGGAAAAAGUUGUACAAAGGAUUGAGCAAGAGGAAGUUAUGGCCAACAACGGUAAUAAUGGGGGUGCUGUAGAAGAGCAGACUAAUGCGCUGAAGUUCCUCUCCAAGUUUUUCCUUCCAGCUAAAGCAGCUAAGUUGAGAGGAGAGAUUAAUAAUUUUUAUCAGUUGGAUAAUGAGGCUCUUUAUGAAGCUUGGGAGAGAUUCAAAGAUUUGAUAAGAAAGUGCCCGCAUCACGGAAUAGAGAAAUGGAUGCUAGUCCAUAAUUUUUAUAAUGGGUUGGGUGGUACUACUCGCACACUCAUUGAUGCAGCAGCUGGUGGUGCGUUUAUGAGAAAGAGCGCCAAUGAGGCAUAUGACUUGUUGGAGGAAAUGGCCAUGAAUAAUCAGCAGUGGCCAAGUGAAAGAAGCUCUUCAAGGAAAGUGGCCGGUAUGUAUGAAGUGGAUGCAAUUUCGAAGUUGACUGCUCAAGUUGAGGCCUUGACUAAGCAAUUGCAAGGCAAUAUAAUAACAGCUCAAUGUCAGUAUGCUGAUGUAAACAACAUGCCUAUGGAGCAAGCUCAAGCUAUUGAGAAUUUUCCUCGACAGAGCAAUAAUAACCCUUAUUCCAAUUCCUUCAACCAAGGGUGGAGGAAUCAUCCCAAUUUUUCUUGGAAGAAUGAUCAGCAAGGCCAAUCUUCAAACCAACAACAGCCACAGGGGUUCUUUCAGCCGAGAUUUAGGCCGCAGCAACAACCUCAACCGCCCACUCAUCAUCAACAACAACAAAAUUUUGGUGGAAAUUCUAAUGCUCAGUCAGAUGUGUUAAACCAAUUCAUGGCUGAAACUCGGUCUUCUAUUAGAAAUCUGGAGACCCAAAUGGGACAAUUGGAUACUCUCAUGGCUAAUCGUGCCCAAGGUAACUUGCCUAGCACCACUGAAAGUCGAUCCGAAAGAGAAUUGCAAGGAAAUCACGCACAGGCACCGGCAAAAGAGGAAAAGAAGCACAGUGAGAAAAAGGCUACUGAAGAGGCCUUAGAGCAAAUGCCGAGCUAUGUCAAGUUCAUGAAGGACAUCUUGUCCAAGAAGAGGAAGAUGGAGGACUUUGAAACUGUGGCAUUGACGGAAGAGUGUAGUGCUAUACUGCAAAAGAAGCUCCCUCCUAAACUGAGAGAUCUUGGGAGUUUCACAAUACCAUGCACUAUUGGAAGAAUUGAGGGAAUAAAUGCUCUUUGUGAUUUGGGGGCUAGUAUCAACCUGAUGCCAUUGUCAGUUUUCAAGAGAUUGCAACUUGGAGAAGCCAAGCCCACAAUUGUAACUUUGCAACUAGUUGAUCGUUCGUUGGCACAUCCAAGAGGGGUAAUUGAAGAUGUCCUUGUCAAGGUGGAGAAGUUUAUUUUUCCUGUCGAUUUCAAAGUUCUUGACAUGGAAGAGGAUAACAAUGUUCCCAUUAUCCUUGGGAGGCCCUUCUUGGCAACAGGCCAAGCACUUAUAGAUGUUCAAAAGGGUGAGUUGAAGUUGAGAGUGAAAGGGGAAGAAGUUGUAUUCAAUGUGCUCAAGGCCAUGACUUAUCCUGAAGCUAGUGACAAUUGCUUUUCGGUUGAUGUAAUGGGUAACUUAGUGGAAGAGAGAAAAUUGAUAAAUGAUCCUCUUGAGUUGAGUUUGGUUGAAGAUGAGAUUAGUGAUCAAGAUGGAAAGGAAGCUAUGGAGUAUGCAAAAUGGCUUAAUUCUUAUGGGCCAUUGAAGAGGAAAUACUUUGAAGAGCUUGGGGCAGUGCCAAAAAGGUCAUUGCCCUCAGUUGAGAAGCCCCCGGAGUUAGAAUUGAAGGUGCUUCCUGACCAUCUGAGGUAUGAGUUUUUGGGUGAAAACAAGACACUUCCAGUUAUAGUUUCGGCUUCACUUUCUGAUGUGGAGACUGAAAAAUUGUUGUGA